AUGGAAGAAAGUUUGAGGAUGGCUGCUCAAGAAGGAAACAUCGUUGAAUUGUAUGCAUCAAUCCAAAGAGAUGGAUUUUUGAGGAAAACUGAUGAGAUGGAGUUUGUCAACACUCCAUUACACGUAGCUGCGGCUCAAGGGUGCAUUGACCUUGCAAUGGAGAUAAUGAUCUUAAAGGCGUCAUUCGCUAGGAAGCUAAACCAACAAGGCUUUAGUCCCAUUCACCUCGCAGUGGAAAAGGGACAUAAAGAGCUGGCGUUACAACUCAUGCAAAAUGAUAAAAAUCUUGUCCGUGUCAAAGGGCAGCAAGGUGAGACUCCUUUCCACUAUGCAAUAACGAAAAAGCAAAAUCUUGAUCUCUUAACUAGAUUUCUGGAGGCUUGUCCUGAAUGCAUCCAAGAUAUGACAACUAAAAACGAGACUCCUUUGCACAUUGCAACGGGGAACAAUAGAUUAGAGGCUUUUGAACUCCUCUGCCUGAUGCUUAGGAAGAGUGACUAUUGUCAGGAUGCGGUGAACCAAAAAGGCAGGAAUGGCGACACUGCCUUGCACAUAGCUGCACGUAAUAAUCAACCCCAGAUGCUCGAACUGCUAUUAAACUGCAAGGCUGAUAAGCUUGCUACUAAUGAGGCUGGUCCGACGGCACUGGCUAUUGCCCACGAACUUAAUAACAGAGAGAGCGUUAAUAUUCUGCGUGGUUGGCUAAGGGCAAGAGUUCAAGAACAAAUGUUUAAGACUGUGACAAAGGCAUCAGAAGUCAUUUUUAAGGGUAUGGACAGUAUAUCAAGCGAGGAUCGCAAUGCCUCACAAGUAAUUUUAGGAUUGCUUCUAACAGCUACCUACCAAGCCAGCAUUAGCCCGCCUGGUAGUGUUUGGCAAGGUGAUGGCUCCUCAAACUCCAAUUCCACUGUAGGAUAUGAUCAAAAAUUACCGGGUACAUCGGUCAUGGAUGAAGUUGAUUUUCUUCAAUUUUAUAUUCCAGGCUAUACUGUCUUCAUUGCAGCGUAUUUCCUAACAUUGGGUCUCCUUAAACCUUUCCCCCCUGGUUUCACUACUUCUCUUCAAGUACUACUUGCAUUUCUUGCUAUAUCCUUCGACCAAUCAAUAACUUUCAUAUCGCCAACUAAUUUAGCAUAUCUGGUUAUAUGUACAUUCUCAACAUUGGUUUUUAUUUGUACGAUGUUCAUGUGUAUUGCUUACCUAGUAUCAAAAAUUAACGUUUUAAUUUCAAGAUGUUGA